AGGUUGUCAGUCGUGUCAGCAGCCUGUUUGGUCGCGCAUGUUGUCAAAAUGAAUCAACACGCGGGAUGUUUCUCUCCUGACAAUAAAUUCUACGCGAAUAUUAGUGAUGAUGGGAAAAUCAAAGUGUGGGAUUGUGAAACUAAUGAACUGAAGCACGAUUAUUCCACCAGCAUCGUCAACAACAGCCCUUGCACCUGCCUCACGUGGAUCACGCUGAAACAUGGCCUGUCAAAAAAAUCACGCCGGUCGUCAGUUUCCGGACAGGAUUUUCUCGCCUUGGGGACCACAGUGGGGGGCGUUUUGGUGUUCAGUCUAGCCACAGGGAAAGUGGAACACACGCUGAAGGGUCAUGGUCAUAUGGGAGCUGUAACUGGGAUUUCGGGGCAUUCCUCAAGUACUCUGUAUACAUGUGGGGAAGAUUCCAAGGUUAUUGUGUGGGAUCUGGAGAAAGGAAGUUCCGUGGGCGAGUGGAGUACGUCAAACGAACGCCUGACGUGCAUCAAUGUUACAGAAUCUGGAGAAAAAGUUGUCACAGCCUCCCGGCAAGUUAAGGCCUGGCUUCCGAGUACUCGUCAGCUGAAGCACACGUUCACAGGACACACAUCCGCAGUGACCUUCCUGCGAACAUUCUCUUCAGAAGGGUCAGAAUAUGCAAUUUCUGCCUCCAAAAUGGACAGAAAUCUCUCCCUAUGGAAUCUAGAGGCUGUCAAGAAAAAGGACUCCGUGGGGACAUUUCUGCUGGACGAUCUGGCAGUUACUUUGGAUGUAAAAUUCCACCAGGGAAAUCUCCAGAUUCUCGCAACGUCGAGAAAUGGAGUUGUGCACAUUUUUAGUGAAAGUCUGGAAAAGGUUCUGAACUCCGUGAAGCCCAUUAAGGCCAGAUGGAGGAUCUCUCUGGUGUCAGAUGACAAGAAAACUGCCGAAUCCCUGCCCGUGGUCGCGGCAAAAUUCACAGAUUCCGUUUUGUUGGCUUACGGAGGCUCCGGAUGCCUGAGAUUCGAAAGUCUGACGCCGAAGCAGGAAGAACCUCAUGAGAUUCUCAUCAGAGAUGAUCCCAGGAAGGUCAAAGGGGGAAAGGAAGCAGCAAAGCAUGUGCUAGUGGAUCACACAAAAGUGGAUUAUGUUCUGGGAGGGGAAACAAAGAAGACCCUGAAGACCAUUGAGAUUCCCAUGGAAAAGAGGCUGGAGAAUUUGGCACUGUCGAAGGAUCAGGGAGCUGGGACUGUGACUCCGGCCAAAAAUAUGCACUACCUCAUCCAGGCUCUUCACAGUCGCGAUCCAAAAAUACUGCAAGAUGUCUUACUCACAAAAGAUAAGAACAGCAUUAGGACAACGUUGAAAUAUCUUCCUCCGCAAUAUAUUCGUCCACUGAUAAAUGAGCUGACAACAUUAAUGCAGAAAAAACUCAAAAAUGUCGAAUGUGCGACGCACUGGAUGAAAGUUCUAAUUGAACUGCACGUGGGGCAAUUAAUGGCAGUUGGAUCAGAGGAUCUCAGGAGUCAGAUGAAACCCUUCCUGGGAAUUGUUGAGCACAGAGUUAGCAAUUUACAAGCCCUGACCAGGGUUCGGGGACGUCUGGAUCUCAUCCUGUCGCAAAUCCGGGGCAAUUCUGAGGUUGAUCGCGAUGAAAUUGCCAAGAUCAACAAGAAUUUGAUUGUUCAUCAGGAUGAAGCGUCAGAUUCUGACUCGGAAAUUGGCCUGGAAGAGACAAACAAUGACGAGGAUGGGUGGGAGGAGGAUUCGUCAGAGGGCAGUGGGAGUCAGGCAGAGAGUGAAGAUAGUGAGGAAGUAGAUGAGGAAAUGGCAGAAAAUGACGAAGAGAUGGAGGUUUCUGAUUAAAUUUUGUGCGAGGGAAGUGUCUGGAGGAGAAAUAAAUUGUUGGAUGUCAUGAAAAAAAAA